AUGGCCUCACUAGGCCAGGUAUGGCCUAGUGAGGAAGUGGUUGCACAUGUGGUGGCAUCAGGUGCAGGUUUUGUGGAGGACCUAGAUGAGUCGUUUAAAGAAAACCGUAAAGAUGAUAUUUGGCUUGUAGAUUUUUACGCACCUUGGUGUGGCCACUGCAAGAAACUGGAGCCUGUGUGGAAUGAAGUGGGUAUAGAAAUGAAAAACAUGGGCUCUCCAGUAAAAGUUGGGAAGAUGGAUGCAACUUCCUUUUCUAGUAUUGCAUCUGAAUUUGGAGUGCGAGGCUAUCCAACAAUUAAGCUCUUAAAAGGUGACUUGGCAUACAACUAUAGAGGACCUAGAACCAAAGAUGAUAUAAUUGAAUUUGCUAAUAGAGUGGCAGGACCUCUUAUCAGGCCACUUCCUAGCCAGCAUAUGUUCGAGCAUGUUCAGAAGAGACAUCGUGUACUUUUUGUGUAUGUUGGUGGUGAAUCUCCUUUAAAGGAAAAAUACAUUGAAGUUGCUUCAGAACUAAUUGUUUAUACGUACUUUUUUUCUGCCUCAGAAGAUGUGCUGCCUGAGUAUGUGACAUUGCCUGAAUUGCCUGCUGUUGUGGUCUUCAAAGAUGGAACUUACUUUGUUUAUGAUGAGUAUGAAGAUGGUGAUUUGUCAUCCUGGAUAAACAGAGAAAGAUUUCAAGGUUAUCUUAAUGUAGAUGGCUUUACGCUGUAUGAACUUGGAGAUACAGGAAAACUUUUGGCUAUUGCAGUCAUUGAUGAUAAAAACUCUUCAGUGGAACAUACCAGACUAAAAUCUAUUAUUCAGGAAGUUGCUAGAGAUUAUCGGGAUCACUUUCACAGGGAUUUCCAGUUUGGCCACAUGGAUGGAAAUGAUUAUAUUAAUAGUUUACUAAUGGAUGACUUGACAAUCCCUACUAUUGUUGUAUUGAAUACCUCCAAUCAGCAGUAUUUUCUACCAGAUAGGCACAUUGAGAACACAGAAGACAUGGUUCAGUUUAUUAACAAUAUCUUGGAUGGUACAGCUGAAGCACAGGGUGGUGAUGGACUUCUGCAACGAAUCAAGAGAAUAAUCUAUGAUGCCAAGUCUACUGUAGUGUCUGUGUUCAAGAGUUCACCACUUCUGGGAUGCUUUCUCUUUGGGUUGCCCCUGGGGGUCAUCAGCAUUAUGUGUUAUGGAAUCUGCACAGCUGAUACAGAUGGAGGGGUAGAUGAACAUGAGGCAGCUAAAAAGGAAAAUGGUGAUCGUGAGCUCACAGACGAAGGCAGUGAGGAAGAACAAGAGGAAGAAAAGAACGGAAAAUAUACAGAACUUUCAGAUGGAGAGCUUAAACAGAAAGACAUAAUGGAAAAGAAAAAAGACUAACUUGUUUAGCAAAAGAAUUCGCUAGAAUUUCCAAAUAGACUUAUUUAUUGAAGGUAGUCAUUUAUUGAUGAUCUUCAUGAAAGAGGACCUUUUUGUCUGCAUUAUGGUAGUUUUGACUUGCAUGUAUUCAAAUUUUAUCAGAAAUUGACA